AUGGCUUUCACCCACUGGAAGGGAAACUUGUUCUUCCUUCUCACCGUGCUCAAGAACACCUACGUGCUUGAUCUGAAAUUGGAGCCACUUCCGGAACCAAAAGGGGAUGAUUUCAAAGAAUUGAAGGCUACAAGGAAGAAGCGUGAAGAUGAUGAAGUCAUGUGCCGGGGUCAUAUUCUCAACACUCUCUCUGAUAGGCUCUACGACCUCUACAACUCGAUGAAGUCUCCGGUGGAGAUUUGGAACUCUCUUGAAUACAAAUACAAAACUGAGAAGGAAGGUACGGACAAAUUUCUCAUCUUGAAAUAUCUUAAAUUUGUCAUUGUUGAUAUUAACUUCGUUCUAUAUCAAAUACAUGAAUUGCAAGUCAUUGUUACUAAGCUUCAUGAAUUGAAAAUUAAAAUUUCUGAAUCAUUCCAAGUGGGGGCAAGUAUUGCUAAAUUGCCUCAAAGUUGGAAUGUUUAUAGAAAGAAACUCCUUCAUAGGAGAGAUGGCAUAACUUUUGAGGAAUUACAAAAACACUUGAGGAUCGAAGAAGAGACUAAGUAUUGUGAUCCCAAUGACAAGAUUAUUGAUUCCUCUAAGGUUAAUGUUGCCGAAGCUAGUAAGUUUUUCAAGAACUUCAAAGUCAAUAAUGACAAAAAGUUUAAAAAGCCCGGUAGUGGCCAAAAGAAAUUUUUUAAAAAUUAUUUCUUUUGUAGAAAGAAAGGCCAUCGCCAAAAUGACUGCAGAUACAAGAAGAAAAAGGAAGAAGUUAACACCAACAAGGCCAAUACUAUUGAAGAGAAAUCUGAAGACAUUUGUGCUAUGGUCUCGGAAAUGUAA